AUGAGUCACAUAAAACAUCGCCAUUCGUUGCUCGCGACGACCACAGCGACAACCAGCUUAAUGCAUCAUCAAAACCGCCCGACAGUAACCCAUCCACCUACGUACAACGGCAGUGUUACCGACAUGCCCCCAGUGGAACUUGUACCUACGAGCACGUUGGGCCCAUUUACCAUCACGCUCAUUGUUCUUGUCGUGCUCGUCACUUGCGGUAUUCUUCACUGCAGUCGUAUGUGGCGGCAAGUGAAUGAUGUACGAAACAAAGAAUUAUUGAGCCGAUUAAAACGGAAAGAAGAAGGGUCUACGGACCACGAUGCGCCCAGUGAAAAGGAUUGGUGUACAUUAAGCGAGGAGGAUUCUUGCAUGUAUCCUGCACGUACCAUCAACCGCAGCCAGCAUUCAUCCACAUUAACCCUAUCAACCUACUCUGAACUUUCUUCCAUCUCCACCGUCACGACACAUCCCGACGAUUUGCUUCGAUUAAACAAUUACUGGCUCUAUCCUUAUGUCCAUGGAUUAAGCAGAAUGCCACCCUUUCCGGAACUACCUCCAUCUAUCUAUCAUCAGCGAAACCCAUACUAUCCAUCCCCUCUGCAUAUUUAUCCCAUUCCUUCCAUGCCACCUAUUCAUCGAUGUUCCCAGACAGCCCAAAAACAACAUCCAGCACGGUUACUGCACUACCAUCCAUAUGAAAGAAACUCGCUAACAUAUCACCGUUGA